GAAGAAGAAGGGUCAGGACAGAGAGGAUGGGAACAAGACUCUGAAGAGGAUGACUUUUUUUCUGCCGAAGAUGCCGAGCACGGAAAGAAAGGACGAGGACAACAGAAUGAAACGAAAAAGAAGAGUAAGCAUGCUCCGAAGGAGACACGUAUCAACCGCCGACCUGUUUCUGUUGUGCGUGAAAUUCCCGGUCUUGUUGUGCGUGAUCGAGAUGGUGACGGAGAUUCUGGGCUGUUUGGGAACAGAGACGUCAGAUUCGACACGGCAUUAGGUAAGUCUGUUGACUACGAAGUUGUGCGUAAACAGUACUCUUUCCUUGACGGAUACCGGGAGAAGGAGAUUGCUGAGAUGGAGAAGAUCCUCAAGAACAAAAAGCUGUUGAGCCGAAUGGACGAGUCUGAAGUCGCAGAUAUCAAAUACAAGCUACAGAGUACCCGUAGUAAACUUGAAGCAUUGAAGAAGAAGGACAGGGAGAAGGAAGCACUGAAGGUGUAUUUAAGAGAGCAUAAGAACGACAAUAACGGGAAAUUUCUCACUAGGGCCGAGAAGCGGAAGGUUCUGCUUGUGGAUAGGUUUGAACACAUGAACAGUAAACAACAAACGAAGUCUAUCGAGAGGAAGAGAAAGCGGAAGCUCGGUAAAGAGAUGCGUGCGUUGGAGUUUUCUGGUGCACGA